AUGAGCGCCACCAGCACUGCAGCCCCCACGGAAAGUGGUACGGGCGUCAUCGCACCCCCAACCGGGGUACUCCCGGAUUUGACCGAUCCAGCCAAGCAUUACUAUCUGGCGAAUCUGGUGGUGGUCAUUGUGGGUGUCACGGUCAGUACGUUAUGUUUGUUGGUGAGGAUAUACACCCGGAUGGUGAUUGUGCGGAGAUGGUACCUGGAUGAUGAUGGAUACUCCCACGCCGGCCUCGGCGUCCACGAAUGGAACCUCGAACUCCCCGAAUACCACAAAACCCUCCAAAUCCUCCUCGCCGGCGCCCUAACCUACAUCCCCGCCCUCGGGUUCUCCAAAAUCUCCCUAAUAAUCCUCUACUACCGGCUCUCCGACAUGCAACGCAAAUGGCGUCUCACCCUAUGGUCCAUCACCGCCUUCGUGAUCACCUACAUGCUCGUCCUGGAAUGCUGUUUCCUAUUCAGCUGCCGUCCCAUCGCCAAAGCAUGGCAUCCGGCCCUCGAGGGAACAUGUCUCAGUCGCGCUCCGAUUUUCUUGGCCGGCGUGGUGGCGAGUAUCUUUACGGAUGUGGUGCUUAUGGGCAUGCCGUUGCCGAUUGUGGCGAAAUUGAAAAUGGCGUCGAGGAAGAGGGUCGGGUUGGCGGGUAUGUUUGGGUUGGGGGGGUUAUCACUCGUGACGAGUAUUCUCCGUCUCUCGGCAACGAUACCCAUGUUGAUGCAGGAUGAUGAGACGUAUUUGUUGGGGAAGAUGGUGUUGUGGAUCAACGUCGAAGCAAGUCUCGUCAUCGUCACAGCCUGCAUUCCGUGUUUCCGACAAGUAAUCCGGUUCCAUACCUCCGGGUCAUGGAGCGAUAGUGGAGGCCAGGUGGGGCGAAUGUCAAGAGGUGUCCGCAGUGACUUGCUCGUCAUGUUGGACCAACCACCCCGUCAACGACCAUCUCUAAGAGCAAGUUCCUUAUUCCGCCGGAUUACGAGCUCAACCACCAGCGACACUGAGAUUGGGGAUCUCAAGGAGGAUUUCUGGGGACCCUUUGGCCUGAGCCUUCUUCACGAACCUGCCGAGCCGCGAAUAGACUUCAUUUUUGUUCACGGUCUCGGAGGCGGGUCAAGGAAAACAUGGAGCAAGACGCCCAAUAGGAGUCACUACUGGCCCAAAGAAUGGCUUCCAAGAGAGCCCUCCUUCGAGCAUGUUCGGAUCCAUUCCUUCGGGUACAAUGCAAACUGGCGCGAGCGAGGCACCAGUAUCCUCACCAUCCAUGAUUUCGGCCAGGCCUUGCUAGGCGAUAUUCACACCUCACCUUUGUUGGGUCAAAAUGCCAAUCAGACACCAAUCGUUUUAGUAGGUCAUAGUAUGGGAGGCCUGGUCAUAAAGAAAGCCCUCCUCCUGGCGAAAACCAAUCCCACCUACAGCCACAUCGCGACGCGGAUUCACAGUCUGUUCUUUCUGGCAACUCCACACAGAGGAGCUGACAUGGCAAAAUUGCUAAGCACCCUGUUGUCACUGGUCCGGGGUAAAGGGUCGAAGCCGUAUGUCGAGAGUCUGUUUCCAUAUUCGGAGGUCAUCCAGACGAUCAACGACCAGUUCCGUCACAGCUAUGAAGGCAUCCAACUGUGGUCUUUCUUCGAGACACAGCCAACAAUCCUUGGGCUGGUCGUGGACAAGUGGUCGACAAUCUUGGAACUUCCAGGCGAGCAGAUCAGCCACUUGGACGCUGACCAUUCCAACGUUUGCAAAUUCGACGAUCCGACGGACAGUAACUAUUGUCGACUUAGAGAUGCAUUUGCGACAGCUGUAAGAUCUAUUAAUGCCUCCCGGCUCGCCAUUCAAAAUUACUCUGCAAUCCAGGAUCAGGAAGACCAGAUGGGGGUUAUAUCGCGCUUUUUGGGAAUUGUGGAAAGCCCAGAGAUCGACUACGAGAAUAAUAUCGGGCAUCGCACGGAAGGUUCUUGUUCAUGGCUGACGGACAAGGACUUGUUUCUACGGUGGCUGGAGGGGAAGCAGUCCCCUAGAUGCUACUGGCUCCGUGGAGAACCGGCGUCGGGCAAGUCUACAAUUGCCGCAUACGUCAUCCAGUACCUUGAGGCAUCAGGCAAAGAGUGUGCCUACUUCUUCUUCAAAGAUGGUAGCGCAGGAAAGUCUCAGAUAGCCAGCCUUCUAUGUUCGUUGGCCUAUCAAAUGGCAGUAACGAACCAAGAGAUCCGGGAAAGGUUGAUUGAACUAUGUGAAAGCAAUGUCGUGUUUGACCGCAAGGAUGAGCGUUCAAUUUGGCGAGCCAUUUUCACUGCGAGAAUCCUGCGAGCACGACUGUCAAGGCCUCAAUAUUGGGUGAUUGAUGCUAUGGAUGAGUGUGAAACGUGUUCUCCCCUCUUUUCAUUUCUUGCGAGCGUGGAAGCAAGCUUUCCGCUACGGGUCUUCUUUACCAGUCGCCCUUCUCUAAGUAUAGAACGCCUCAUCUCAAGUGGAAGACUCACAGUGACGGAUGAUAUCACACGAGAUGACUCCUUGGGCGAUAUCAAACUCUUUGUUGAAGCCCAGUCAAUCCACUUCUUGACUGAGAGUGAGCAUGAACGUGAUGAGUUGAUUAAAGAGAUUAUUGAGAGAUCCAAUGGUAACUUCCUUUGGACACAACUCGUGGUCAACAAAAUCUUGGAUGCAGUCACUGCAGAACAGGUCUCUGACAUCCUAGUCUCCAGUCCAGACGAAAUAAACGAACUGUAUGCAUCGAUUCUCCGGAAGGUCAUGUCCACUCCCGAGACAGGAGAAAUUGCUCGCGGGAUAUUGCGAUGGACACUCUGUGCCUUUCGUCCUCUUCAUGUUGAUGAGUUACAGGAGGCUCUUAAACUAGAUAUUGGCAAGACGCUCAACCAGCUUGGAAAGACGAUAGGAAGUAUUUGCGGUAACUUGAUCACUGUCGAUGCUAAGUCACGCGUCAUGGUAGCACAUCAGACAGUCCGGGAAUAUCUCUAUCGACAGGGCGACAACGCGCAGUUUUCUAUUAUGGAGACAAGGGACCAUGCAAAGAUAUUUGGAGUAUGUUUGGCUUAUCUGUCUAGUCAAGGACUCAAGUCACCGCGUUCUCGUCGUGCCCGACCAUCCCCCUCUAGCAGCGCAAAACAAACCCCGUUAGCAAGAUAUGCAGUUGUACAUUUUUCCGAUCACCUUGUGCGUUCUUCGCCCAGCAACCCGGCUCAUUUGACGAUCUUGAGCACAUUAUUAAUGAAAAGUUCACUUGCGUGGAUUGAACAUGUUGCAAUGACCCAGAAUGUCGACCCACUGAUUCAGGCUGCAAAGAAUAUAUACCUGUUUUUAGAGCACCGAGCAGAAUUUGAAUGUCUUCUCGGAAACGAGGUGCAAGAUGUCGCGACAUGGGCAAAUGAUAUUGUCCAUUUGGUUGCCAUGUUUGGUCACGCUCUGCUUUCUAGCCCUGGUGCCAUAUACUAUCUCCUCCCUGCAGUUUGCCCAAAAAUAUCAGCUAUUUCAAGAGCUUCCAGGGCCAGCCAUCGACGCUUUCAGGUGAUUGGGCUCUCUCGAGACCAGUGGGAGGAUAGGCUAUGUUGCAUCGUAACUCCAGGUUCACGAACCCUUUCUGUUGCAUGCCAAGGGGCAAAGCUCGCGCUAGGAUUGUCUACCAGCAAGAUAUGUAUCUACCAAGAGGCGACGUUCCAAGAGCAAGCCCAGCUUGACCACGGCGAACCUGUGCGCCGUCUAAGCUUUGCUUCCGUCGAUACAUUCUUGGCCUCAGCUGGUCGGAGAAAGAUAUGCUGCUGGAACACAAUGACCGGAGAACAACUAUGGUCUGUUCCGAUGCAGAACGAGGCAAUUGCAUUGAGCUUUGGGGAAGAUGACACCGUCUUAUAUGUCGCUACUAAAGCUAAUACUGCCUUGCUUUUGGAUGUCAAGAGUGGCGAAGAGUUUGACAUGUUCGAAUUCUGUGAUUGGGAAGAAGAGGAAAUUCGCGAGCAUAGGUACCGACGGCCUCCUAUAUAUGCGGACUUCUCCCCCGCCCAGGGCCUUCUCGGCCUUUCCUACCGACAGAGACCCGUCAGCUUCUGGGGUCUAGAAGGAUAUGAAUAUGAAGGCCAAUUCCAUCGAUCUCGCUUGUUGUAUCCGGAGCCGCUAAUUGUCGCAUUCGUCUUUAACCCGAACCCUGACAUUCCGUUGGCCGCCGUUAGCUUUCAGGACGGUGUGACAAUUGUUUUCGAUCCUGUGAGCCUGACCAUGCAGGCCACGGCAGAUACAGAUGCUUCGGUCCUCAGCGUCUCCCCAGAUGGCACGAUCCUGGCUGCGGGGACUGGCAAUGGCAUCAUCAAGCUCUAUGACUUUGAGACCCUGAGUUUUCUGAAGCAGGUAUUUCUGCAGCAAGAGAAUAUUCGGGCCUUGGCUUUCAACAGCACUGGUACGAGACUUUUCGAUGUCCGGGGUGAUUAUUGCAAUGUAUGGCAGCCAUCGGCCCUUCUGCAGCGACCCUCUUUGGGCGAUUCCGGUUUUGAUAUCAGCGAAACUGAUCAAGAUCCCACAAUGGUGGAAGACGUUGCAUGGCUUGAUGACCUCGAGAUCUCGGCUAUGGCCGCCCAUCAUAAGGGUGAAUAUGUAUUCUGUGGACGUGAGAACGGCCAGGUUGCCGUCUAUCGAAUCAAGACAGGGCAACCAACCCAGGAGCUUUUCAUCCAGACACAGAAUGUCGCAAUCGACUUCCUGGCCUGGAAUUCAGCUCAAAAUGUUCUUGCUUGUAUAGAUAGAGGUCGACGGGUUACUGCCAGGAGGGUUGUUCAGCAACAACAAGGCCUCUUCGAGAUUGAAGGCGUAUCCCUGAACGAAGAUGUGAAGUCAAGGCCACUACAACUUCUGAUGAACUCUGACGGCAGCAAGCUACUAAUUGCUAUGACUGAGAGCCAUGCAGUCUGGGACUUGCACAGUGGUCGUCUGGUCCAAGAGUAUCCCUGCGAUAAGACCAGUCCACCCGGGAAAUGGGUGAGCGAUCCGCAAGGGGAGCGUUUAAUGCACAUUCAGGAGCGCAGCGUGCACACCUUCAGCUGGACAACAUUUGAGCGCUUAUCGGUGUCUACGUACGAGAUAUCUGGUGCCAACAAAGAUGGCUAUACAAUCUCUGAAGCUCUCUGUCCGCUGCACAGCCAUGGCAUACACAUGAUUUCUAAGUCCAAUGCGACCCCUACUUUUCACACCCUAGCGUACAAACCCUGUCCAUCUGAGACUGAAUCCUCAUCACAUCAUACAGCCUAUGAAAGGUCUUUGGCAGACUACAAAUACCUCUUGGGCGUCCACCGGGAUCGACUCAUCUUCCUGCAGCACAGUGGAUGGGUCUGCUCAAUCAGCCUUGAGACUGCUGCCACAGACAAAUUUUACACAAGGCACUUCUUUGUGCCUCUCCCUUGGCACAGUGCUGUCGCAAUCGCUCCUGUGACAAUUACAUCACAGGGAACUGUUAUUAUUUGUGUCCGACAUGAGCUUGCUGUGUUUCAUAACGGGUUGGAUUAUGAGGAGCAAGUUUCUUUAUAGAUUUGACAUGUAAUGCUUUGUGAACUGAGU